CAGACUGAAAUCAGACCGUGUGGCAUUGGGCUGCUGUGUAUUCUCAUCCUGGGCCAGCUCAUCAUCCGGGUUCGAUUUGCCCUAGAAACAAAUGCUGCUCUGGACCGAUGGCUUUAUUUUUCAUUCGUUUGCUUUGACGUACCGAACUAACGUAGGAAGGAAUAUUAAGGGAUGACCAGCUAUAUUCCCAGGAGUGCCUACGGUCUAUCGUGCUCGUGGCGAUUCAGCAAACUGUCAUCUUCCAUCCUAUCCGUGAUGUUUUGACAUAUCGAUGUGUCGUUUGAAUGUGCAACAGGCUCCCGCCAUAUAUUCAUGCGCUUUAUGGAGACGAUGGGGGAUCAAAGGGAGGAUGUGUCCUAGUGCGCUACAUAUUUUUGCUUGUGGUUACAAUAUAACCAGUUAUUAAUGUUGUUCACUUACGACUAUGACACUUUGAAUGGUGCUCUUUGACAUAUACACAACUGGACAGCACUUCAGUUUGGCGAGGUCAUUUUUUGUAGAGGUUUGUGUCAGAGUAUAAGAGAAUUUAAAAUGGCAUCGCAAGUAACGGGGAGGAAAAGAAUUCCCAACCGGGAGAAACUAUCGGCGGAGGAUGAUGCUCUCAGUCAAAUAGCUCGCGAGGCAGAGGCAAGACUGGCAGCUAAACGGGCAGCCCGGGCAGAAGCUCGAGAAAUCCGUAUGAAGGAAUUGGAAAGGCAACAGAAAGAGAUAUAUCAAGCGCAAAAGAAAUACUAUGGGCUGGACAGCAAAUGGGGCCAUAUUGAACAGUGGAUGGAGGACAGUGAGCGGUAUUCCCGCCACUCUCGGAGACAUACCUCGAUAUCAGAUGAUGAGGAGCGGAUGUCUGUUGGCAGUCGGGGCAGUUUGAGGGGCAACCACACAGAUCUCUGCAGCAGCACCAGCAGUCUGCCUUCAGCCAGACUACAAAAUGGACGGCCCUCUGCGCUUUUUAGUGAAACCCCCCGUUCAAGAAGUCACAGGGGGUCACUGCAUGAAGAGAGUUCAUACUCUGCCACUAGGCGUUUCAGUGGCUCCAGCGCUAGAGGCCCUUCAGACUACAAUGGCUUUUUGGGCUCCAGUUCCAGGGCUUCCUCUAGGGCGAGUUCAGCCCGUGCCAGUCCAGUGGUGGAGGAAAGGUCAGAUUUCCUGGAAAAGGGGUCCAGGACAGCCUCCACCCUCUCUGCUGCAACUCUAGCAUCCCUUGGUGGAGGUUUAUCACGAAGAGGAAGCUGCGAUACCUCGAUUUCAGCGGACACUGAGGCCUCCAUACGGGAAAUGAAGGACUCCCUGGUGGAGGUGGAGGAGAAAUACCGUAAGGCAAUGGUAUCCAAUGCUCAACUGGACAAUGAGAAGACAAACCUGAUGUAUCAGGUGGACACACUGAAAGACACUCUGAUGGAGCUGGAGGAACUUCUGUGUGAGAAACGCAGAGAGUGUGAGGAGAAUAGCAGAGACUUCGAGCGAGAGCGUCAAGCCCACAAUGUCUUGAAGUUCCAGUUUGAGGAGAUGAAGGAAACACUGAAGCAUAGUGAAGAGUUGCUGACGGAAGCCCAACAGUCUCAUGGAAAGCAGGCGGACUAUAUUAGAGAGAUCGCUGACCUGCAAGAAACAUUGGAAUGGAAAGAUAAAAAGAUCCGGGCCUUAGAGAGGCAGAAGGAAUAUUCAGACAUUAUCCAUGAUGAACGGGAGGUACUCAGGGACGAGGUUUGCCGGCUUAGGGAUGCUCUAAAGAAACAUGGCAUUAUGCUGGGAUCUGAGGUGACAGCCAAUGGAGAGUUAGCAGACGGGGCGAUUGAUGGGCAUGCUGAGGCGGAAACAGCCUCCCGAUUGAAUCAAGACUCUCACACGCCCACUAUGAGUGGAGACAGCAUGUUAGAGAUCAGAUUGAGGAAGCUGGUGGAAGAAAGAGAGAGUUUGCUCGACCAGGUGCGGAAGUAUAAAGCCAUUGCAGAGCAGAAACAAAAGAAUGGGACAGAAGAAACAGGAAGCACAGACGAGGAUGACCUACAGAAUGGUCUGGACCCUCAUAUUUUAGAUCUGCAGAGAGAUGCCAACAGGCAGAUCAGUGACCUGAAAUUCAAGCUGGUUAAGUCUGAACAAGAAGUCACAGCACUUGAACAAAAUAUCAUUCGGCUGGAGGGUCAGGUGAGCCGCUAUAAGACGUCUGCUGAGGCUGCAGAGAAAGUGGAAGAUGAGCUAAAAGUGGAGAAACGCAAGUUGCAGAGAGAGCUGAGGUCUUCACUUGACCGUAUCGAUGAGCUGGAAGCAAGCAACAGCCACCUUACGAAGAGACUAGAGAAGAUGAAGGCCAAUCGGAGUGCCCUUCUGGCACAGCAGUGACGCCCACCUGUGCCCACUCAUCACCCACUGGCACCAAUGAUCUGCCACCCAUAUUACACUGAAACUUCUAUCAAAAUCAUACCAAAUUAGCCCAAUCAUAAUUAUGCUAAUUCAGACUUAAAAAAGUAAAUAUGGCUGACAGGCAUGAACGUCAACCUUCAUUUGUUUGCUAGUGGGAUUCCAAGCGGAGGACAUAUCAAAAACUAAUUCUUACUGAGGCUCAUUAAAGUGACCUUUGGUUUGGAUUAGCAGAAUUCAGGCCCUCAAUGAGCUCUCAAAACAUUUUUGACUCGUUACGGAUCUCUGUGUCAACAGACCAACUCAGCACAGGCUGAGCACAGCUAUGGCAGCAUGUUGGUUUAGUAAUCCAGUGGUGAGGGACAUUGAUUUAUCUUAGCAGACCAUGCACUUUAUCCCUGCGUCAGUAUUCAAAUUUUGUUACAUGGAAACUGUAACAUAUCUGUACACAGAAUCGUUUUGCAAAAUUAGGUAACUGAAUUUGUGUAGUCCAGAGAUUAUAUGAUUGAAUGUAUGCUAUCCUCUCAUACAGAGACAGUUGUGUGUUUUCUUGGAAUUUUUGUGCAUAUGGGGAGUGAUGUUUAAACUUUCAACAACUUAACAACUUAUUGCUACAAUGUCCAUUUUGUUUCACGCCAAAUCUGUGUGUGUGAGCGUGUGUGUUUGCGCAUUGGUCCAUACCUAAACAAGGUGGACUAGUACUUCAUAAUGUUAGUAAUUUUUAUUUUCAUGCCAAUGUAGUGUCAACAUCCUGAAGAACUAGAUUAGGACUACAAAAAUGAUGCAAUAGCAGUUAUUAUAACUUUAUGGAGUAUAUUUGGGUAUAAACCAGGCUUUGAAGGAUUUGAAUCAUUGUCCUGUUACAAAUGUUCUCAGUGGCUGCACUUAGCUUCCUUUGUUGCUUUAUGAAAGCACUCAAUAUUUUUUUUCUCAUGUCCAGUGGGCCAAAUGAUGAAAAUACUUUUGUUUUAUUUAAUAUGCAGGUUUGAGACAAAGUACUUACUUUCUGUGUAUAAAAACCUACAGACGUCUCGGCCAUUGUAAUAUGGUUAGUAGAAUUAGACAGUAAGCACAGCUGAUCAUCAAUACUGUUUCAUGUCCAAUUUAAACUCAGAUCAUGGUGCAACUAUAUCAUCUGAGAGCUAAAUGGACAUUUGAGAUGUCACCAGCCUUUAAGGAAUCUGUAAUCUGAGUCUUGCUUUUGAAAACAUGCUGAGUCAACACAAUAAAUGGGAGUGCAGCUCUUUCUUUUUUAAAAGCUGGUCGUUGUAGCACUUUCACUAAUGGUCUGCUAUUUAACUCCAUUUAAGUGUAACAAUAAUCUCAAUGCAUUUGGGGUUUAUAGAAAUGAACAUGACCUUUUUUUUUUUUUUUUUUUUAAUAGAGAAAAAGAAAAAAGGAAUUGUUUUGCAAUAAUGCUUUUAAGUGUAAAUUGACCAUUGCAUUUACACAAAAAUGUUCAGAUGUACACCAUUAUGAAAACAGCUAUAAUAAUGAUCGUCAUGAUGCUGUGUAUCUGCUGGAUAAUCGGUUCUGGCUUUUUUUUGCUGAUUGUGAAUUUCACUUGUAUCCCUCCCCUGGGUUCUGCUACCAUUGGAGACAAUGCGCCACCUUGUUUACAUAGUCAGUGAACAUGAACAUGCUGUCUCUAAAGAACCGAUAUGCUGAACUUUUGAAAUAACAGACAUAAGACACACCAUUUACAUUGUUUAUCUGCAUUACAGCUCUUCUGUAUGACAUGACAUAGCAAGAAAUAAACUCAUGCAA